UAAUAACCAUAAUUAAUAUUUUAAUAUUAUGUUUGUACGAUUGAUAUCAAGAAUGGCAAUGCCUAUUUUAAGAUGUUAGAAAAUUUAAUUCAGCCGAGCUUUGACAAUCUUGAACAAUAGAUUAAUAAUUCAUAAUUUAACAUAAAUUAGAAUUCCUGUAAUGGAUGAGCUAACAGAAACAGAUUAGGAUGAAGAAUUACAGUAUAUCUAAAUUAAUCAACUUAGGGAUAGCAUUAGUUUAACAUCUGCAUGAUUGUUAUGAAAAUAUACAAAUCAUAAUUAUAUUAUUUUUUAGCUGUUAUUCACU